AUGAGCGUGAAGAACAUCGACGAAGAGACAGGGAGCGACCCAGCCGCCGAUCUGACCGACCCAGAAGUAUUUCACCUCUCUCUUAUGACCCUCAAGUUUCUCGGCCGGAGAGUCGGGAAAGACGCCGACCAAGCACUCGCCGUCCAACCGAUUUCUCCGCGACCGGGACAGGGACCUGCCAGCGUCUACCACCCGACUGGGGCUGGCUCACAAUACGACGGGUUUGACCCAUCAACACCUGUGCCCAUUCCGGUUCCAGGCAGAGGUCCAGCGAGUCAACUGCGGCAACAAUCUCCUUCAGUUUUUCGUUUGCCUUCCACGCGAUCGCAAGGACAGGCUCCUGAAUACCACGAUGCUGAGGGUAACCUGCUCCCGACUGCUUAUGACGCUGCUGGCAAUGUUGUUGUCCCUUCAGGCGGUGUGGUAUAUGACUCGGAAGGCAGACGCCUUGGACCUGUUGGCGUGCCGUCGACGCCAUAUGACGCACCGGUUUCUAUUCCGCCGUCUCAAGUUGGUAGCGUUGCGGCCCCAAUUGUGCCUGUUCCAGCUUCUGGUUCGGCGCGUUCAGGGGGUAUUGCUCCUGCCCCGCCGACCCGACAGCCCACUAUCCGUGACACAGCGGAGGAACCUGCGGGACAAGCCUUCGACACCUCUGGGCCAUACGAUCCCUCCUUUGAGGCGAUACAACCCAUCCAACCUAUUCCCGGCCCGGGCCGAGCCGCCCCGCGAGCGAGAUCACCUUCGCCGGACCGGUACUUCCGCCCGCCUGCGGCAACACCAAUCGACCUUGGCCACGCGGAGGCCGAGCGGGAGCGUGACCAGCGACUGCAAGAGGUCGAGGCGAGGCUGCAGGAGGCGCUUGCGAGUGCAGAAGAAGCAGAGGAUGGGAGGGAGCGGGAGUUCAGGGACAGCGAGGAGGCGAGGAACAAGAUAUUCUUCGAAAACGAAGCGAGGAGGGAGCAACAGCUGAGGGACAGAGAGGAGGAGCGGGUGAGAUGGGGGGCUAAAGAUCUGGGGGCCCCAGCUGAUGUCGGUGGCCCACCAGGAGCGACGCCAACUGCCACACCACGACCGGGUUCGAUGGCCGGGGCUCCUCGCAGCCGACCUCAAACUGCUUUCAGUUAUCGUCCUGGCCCGAUGGACGACACUGCUGCGACGGGAGGUGAUGGCGCAUCAAUGCAUACCAUGGAGCAGGCCGCGAGUGCGGAAGCGGCGUCGAUUAUGGCCGGAACGAUCCGUGAUACUGUGGAGGGUGAGCGAGAGCUGUUGCAGAGAGAAAUGGCCGAGAUGAGAGAGGAAAGGGCCAGACUGGAGGCGGAGAGAGAUGCUGCGAGGCAGGCUGUGAUGGAGGAGAAAGAGGCGAGAGUGAGGGCUCUAGAGCAGGAAUUGGCGACGUUAAAAGGGGAGCUGGAGAACGAGAGACAGUUGAGAAACACCGACACUGCCGAGGCACAAGAGCGCGAACGCGCUGCUUACGCCAAUAACGAGGAGAUCAGUGCGCAGUUGGGUGAUAUCACGAACCUUGUCCAGGAUCAACGUGGUAUAUGCGAGGAGCAGAAAUCGAUGAUGCUGGAGCGGUGGAAGGUUGACGAUGAACAUAGACAGCAGAAAGAGGACAAAUGGAUCGAGCUGAAGGAUAUGGUUCAUCGACUUUACGACGGGAUGGAGGAGGAUCGUGCGAGGACGGAAGAAUGGCGAGCGGCCGAGGCAGCGAAGCCUAACUUGGAGAAAAUCAUUGAGGAGUUGAAGCAGCAAAAUGCAGAGCAGAGGGAGCUGUUGACUGCGCUUUCCGAGAAUUGGAGAGCAGACAGUAUAGCACAACACGAAGCGACACUCGAAGCUGUGCGGUCCACUGCGCGAGAACAAGUCGAUUUCAAUGUCCAAGGGUACCUCGACGAGUUCAGCAAAGCUCUUGCUUCUGAAGUCCGCAUGCUUCUUGGUGAAGUCGGAAAACUGCGCGAAGAGCGACGAGCGCUGCAGCACGAAUUGGGCUAUCUCCUUACGAUGAAGUCCAAAUACGGGCCUGGCGGGGAGUUCGAGCCUGACUGGAAACCACCUGCUGCUGGAGAUGCUGGGCCGCAACCACCGCAACCGCCUCCACCACCGCCUGAUUUGCCGCAAGCACGGCCGGGUUGGCGAACGGUCACGCAGCGAGGACCGCCUCCACCGAGAAAACCGAAAAAGAAAGACGGAGCACCCGCGCCACAACCGCCCCCAGCAGCAGCGGGAGGAGGGCCGCCGCCAACGACCCACGGAAUGGAUCCGCGAAGUCAAGUGCGGUCAUGGGCAACCUGGCAACCUGACCCGGGUAUGGCACCGACCCCGCCUUCUCGCGAACCGACUUUGCUUGCGCCAGAGCAGCCACCCCAGGGACUGUUUGGACCCAGGACGCCAAGGAGCUCUGUUUACGCACCUUAG